AUGGAAUACAUUUAUCAUUUUACAAAUAUUAUUCGAAAUACAACACAAAAUUUAUUCUAUAAAGCAACUAGUGUCCUUCAACGUAGUAAUCCAAAUAGUCAAUCGGACUAUGCCGAAUUAAUUGAAGAUGAUGAUGGAAGAGAACAUCGACGUAUAAAAACAAUUCCUGCAACAUCAUCAAAAUAUGGUUCAUAUAUUCCAUCUCGUUUUCAAUUUAUUAAUUCAAUUAAAACAAUGCCUGUACGAUAUCAAACAGCAUUUCUUAGUUCAUUAGGUUUUCUUAUAUCAUUUGGUAUUCGUUGUAAUAUGGGUGUUAGUGUUGUUGCUAUGACACAUAAUGAAACAGAAAAACUUCCUAAUGGAACAAUUAAACUUAUUAAAUUAGCUCAAUUUGAUUGGACACCAGGAAUAAUUGGUAUUGUUGAUAGUUCUUUUUUUUGGGGUUAUCUUAUCACUCAGGUACCCGGUGGAUAUUUAGCAGCUAAAUUUCCUGCUAAUCAUGUAUUUGGAUUUGCACUUGGUAUAUCAUCAUUUUUGAAUUUAUUUAUUCCAUUUGCAGCUAAAAUUCAUUAUGGUGUAGUUAUGAUUCUUCGAAUUCUUCAAGGACUUGUUGAAGGUGUUACUUAUCCAGCAGCACAUGGUAUUUGGAGAUGGUGGGCACCACCUUUAGAACGAAGCACAUUGGCAACAAUAUCAUUCACUGGAUCAUAUGCAGGUGCUGUUCUUGGAAUUCCAUUAUCUGGAAUUCUUACCGAAUAUUUUAAUUGGCAAAUUGCAUUUUAUUUUUAUGGUGUCGUUGGAAUGAUUUGGUCAGUAUAUUGGUGGUAUUUUUCAUAUGAACGACCAGCUAUUCAUCCAAAAAUUACUGAAGAUGAACGUGUUUAUAUUGAAGAAAGUAUUGGAGAAGCUAGUUCAAUUUCUAAUAAGACAUGGAUAAAACCUCCGUGGCGUUGUUUUUUUACAUCAAAACCAGUAUGGGCAAUAAUAGUGGCUAAUUUUUGUCGUUCAUGGUCAUUUUAUUUAUUAAUUAAUUCUCAAGCUGAAUAUUUUCGAGAAGCACUUGAUUAUAAUGUUGGAAAGGAUCCAUUAUUGGCUGCUUUACCUCAUUUAACAAUGUCAUGUAUUGUACCAUUUGCUGGUAAAUUAGCUGAUUAUUUACGUACAAAUUAUUUAUCGACAACAGUUGUUCGAAAAAUAAUGAAUUGUGGUGGUUUUGGAUUGGAAGCUGUUUUUCUUUUACUUGUUGCUUAUGCAAAAAAUCCUCGAUUAGCUAUUGGAGCAUUGACAAUUGCUGUAGGAUUUAGUGGAUUUGCAAUAUCAGGAUUUAAUGUAAAUCAUCUUGAUAUAGCUCCACGUUAUGCAAGUAUUCUUAUGGGUAUUUCAAAUGGAGUUGGAACAUUGGCUGGAAUGUUAUGUCCUGUUGCUGUUGAAUUUUUAACUAAAAAAGGAAAACGUGAAGAAUGGGCACAUGUAUUUCUAAUUGCUUCAUUAAUACAUUUUGGUGGAGUUAUAUUUUAUGGUUUAUUUGCAUCUGGUGAAAAACAACCCUGGGCAGAACCAUCACCAACAAAUGAUAACAUAUCAAAUGAAACAUAUAAACAAGAUGGUGAACAAAUAGCAUCCUAUGGAUCAACAGUAACAGAUGGCAGUGGUUUUGGUUAUCAAACAACUGAUCCAUAUGAUGUUAUGCCUAAUGGAAAUUCUCCAAAUCGAACAAAUCAACAAACAAAAUUUGUUCCAAUAACAAUUGAAAAUCCAAUGUAUAAAAAUUAUCAUUAA